UUCAGCAGAGAAGGACUUCCGCCUAUAAUAUAUAUCUUAUCGUCCAGCCUAUUCGAGUACACUCAAAUGGCUACCGUUCGUCUUCCCCUCCCUUGGCCUCCUGUUCCGCCUCUUAUUUCACUGCGGCCUCCUUCUCAAUCACUCACCAAUGUUCUCGCAAAUUCACGCUCCCGAAAGAUACUUGUUUCCAGCUCUUCUUCUUUGUUGAGAGAUUCGGUUCCCAUCGUAGCACAACAUUCAUCUCCUUCAACUGAUGACACAGUAUUUCCUGAAUCAGAUGUUGCCGAUGGGAUCAAAGGAAAGUCCGAUUUCAGGGGUUGCAAGGCUUGUGGAAGAAAGGAGAUUGAGAAGGGAUGCAAUGGCGAGGGGAGGAUACAAGGAGGUAUAGCAACUAUUCGUGGCUUCGACUGGUGGCCCAUCAAGGCCUUCAGACCUUGUCCUGGAUUUGUUGCAUCUGGUGGAAGUUAUAAACGUUAUGGGCAAACCUUGGACGAGGUUGCUUUUGGGAGAGAUGAAAGAGACAAUUCUGUGAAGUCAAAGAUGGAGAACAUUACAGAAGAUUACAAUAACAUCCCCACCUCUGAACUAUCAGAGGGUCUAUUUGGGAAGCGCAAGCGAGAAGGCGGUCCGAAAAGGAAGAAAAGGAUGUUGAAUGAAGCAAUAUUUUGGUGCUUUUCUUGGGAUACCGAUCAUGGACAUGGAUUUGUCGUGUGUGAUUUUAGGUUCAACUUCAGUGUUUCAUGAUCCUACUGUGAAGUGAUUAGAGUCUUUGCUUACACCAGUCAAUGAUAGUGUAUCAUGUGGCUCACCUAAUAUCUUGCACCUUCAGUGCACAUGUGGAUUAGAUGGUAUAAAAAGUAUAUAUUUCUAGAAAAUGGAAGCUGAAAAAUGUAUUAUAUCACUUCUUAUUUUCUUUUUGUUUGUAGUGAUAUUUUUCAUAUGGCGAACUCGUGGGUAAUUGCUCUCGCAUAGAUAGAAUGAGCGAACUGAAACUGAAUGUGGCGUUGGAUUCCUCUCAGGUGAAGAGUAAUUCGACUGAGGAGGAAGUUGACCACCAACCUCCUUCCAGAUUUGAUGUUAAUUUUUAAAAA